UCUUCGCUGCGCGCGGUUCACAAUGCGUAUGGGAAAUGCUUGCCUGCUGCUACUGCUGCUGCUGGUCCUUGGAAGCAGCGAUCCUGCUCUGUCGGGCGAUGUCUACAUGAGCUGCGAUGAGUUCGAACAGCACAUGUACAUGGAUGCCAGCGAUGCCUUCUGUACCGUGACGGGCUUCGUUGUGACCCACAGUCAAAACAUUGUGGUGAAGAACUUUCUGCCCGGCAACAUGGUGAAGUUUAUGAAGUUCUACGACUCGACGCUGCUCUCGGUGCCCUUUCAUCUGUUCGAGACAUUCACCCAUCUGAAAACGCUGGAUGUGUCCUACACGAGCAUCUUGGAGCUGACGCGCAACACUUUCAGCGCCGCGAGCAACUUGUCCUAUUUGAAUCUGAGCUACAACAACUUGACUUCCGUGCAGACGUCUGUGUUUAUCGGCGCCAAUGCACUGAUGCGCCUGGACUUGUCGUACAACCGAAUAGCGCAGCUGAGCGAGAAUGCCUUCUGCGGGCUGCACAACCUCAACAAGCUGCAGCUGACGGGCAAUCGCUUGACCGAUCUGCACAAGGACAUCUUCAAGGACAACGAGUACCUGGAAUCGGUUUCGUUCGAGGGCAAUCUGUUAACCUUCAUCCAGCCGGAGGUCUUCAGCCGCAUGCGCCGCAUCAAGGAGGUUAAUCUAUCCAACAACAAGCUAAUACGCAUUCAUCCGGACACGUUCACGGAGGCUGCCAGCUUGGAGAGCCUCUUGCUGGCUACCAACUCGCUGGACGCCUUUCAGCUGACCAACAAGAACAUUGUACAUCAGCUUCACCUGGACUACAAUCACCUGACCAACCUCACGAUCAAUGCAACUCGCUUUGUGCGCGCCAAUUUCAACAACAUAAGCUCGAUUCACAUGCAUCAGGCGCUGCAGCUGGAGACAUUGGAGCUGCGUGGCAAUCGGCUGGCUAGCAUAGCGAAUAUAACCAAUCUAACUGCGCUGCUCCAUCUGGAUCUGUCCUACAAUCCCAUUGGAUCCUUGAGCGUAAGCACCUUUGAUCAGCUGAAGCGUCUGCGAAAUCUCUAUCUGCGCUCGAACGGUGUGCGGGAGCUGCAGUUCGGCAUGUUCUCCAAGCAGAAGUACUUGGAGAUACUCGAUCUGUCCUUCAACAACCUGACCCACCUCAAUCUGGAUCUAUUUGUGCCCUAUCUAACGAACCUCAAGCAGUUCUUCGUCGACGGCAAUUCACUCAGCGAGGUGCAGGGCAAUCGCAGCUUCGCUCAGGCUUUUCCCUUGCUGCAGAAACUGGGCAUUUCAAGGAACCGCUUCAAUUGCUCCUACCUGCACCAUCUGCUGAUACCGCCCUACCUUGCGGAGACUGUGACGCUGCACAUCGAACCGGAUAACAGCACCGAUGAGACCCCCCACAUACGUGAUGUCUCCUGCAUUAGUUUAUCCUCCGUGAAUCCUGCAUCCAAGCAGGGCGCCAUCCAGGAGGAACCAAUGCAGUCAUUGCACAAGCAACUGGAGUUGUUGCGCGCCCACUCACAUAAUCUCGAGCUGCACUUGCACUUCAUAAAGUUCUUCUUCUAUGUCAUGGGUGCAGUGAUCCUGAUCUCCUUGGUGGCGGUGAUAACGCUGCAUUGGCGCAAGGCUCAACGCUCGGGCUUCUACAAUCGCAGCAGCAUUGUCUUCCAUUCGAAUGCCACAAUGCACGCCUAGCAUAUAGCCAAAAUCAAAGUCAGAUUUAAGCAAAUACAAUUUAUAAAUAUAUAUAUAUUUGUAUAUAUGAUAAGACUACAACCAGGAAAUCUUUUAGAGCAAACAACCAAAUGGUGGGGCAGAUAAAAGGCGUAAAG